AUGUCGAAACUUCGAGUCAUAACCAACUACUUCGUCGUGUCCCUCGCGUUCGCUGACAUCCUCGUCGCUAUGGUGGUGAUGCCGUUCAACUUCAGUGUCCAAUUCUACAACAGCUGGCUAUUUGGACCCACCAUUUGCGAUCUAUGGAACUCCUCAGAUGUUUACUUCACAUCAACGUCGAUAUUACAUCUGUGCUGCAUAUCCGUGGAUAGAUACUACGCUAUUGUCAAACCGUUGAAGUAUCCUAUUAAGAUGACGAAGAAGAUGGCAUUCGUCAUGUUAGCAGCAACAUGGCUAAGUCCAAUCACAAUAUCCUACGUCCCAAUCUUCAUGGGCUGGUACACAACCAGCGACCAUUUGAAAGUGCAAAGAGCUGACGAGUGCGAGUUCAUAGUAAAUAAACCCUACGCGGUAAUAUCCAGUUCUAUCUCAUUCUGGAUACCCUGCACCAUAAUGUUGUUCACGUACUAUGCAAUAUUCAGGGAAGCGAACAGACAAGAGAAGAAUUUGCACGCCCGAGCUGGAAAUGCGAUGCUAAUGCACAGACAUUCUCGUGAAGUAGGUGAUAAGAAUGGCGCCUUACAUAUAAACGCAACGACUCCAACGAAGGAUAGGAAUAUCCUCAAAAUGAAGAGAGAGCACAAAGCAGCCAGAACAUUGGGCAUCAUCAUGGGUGCCUUCAUUCUCUGCUGGCUUCCCUUCUUCCUAUUCUACGUGUCAACCUCAUUAUGUGACUCUUGUAGAUGCCCUGAAGUUGUGACAGUGAUCAUGUUCUGGACUGGGUACUUUAAUUCAGCUUUGAACCCGAUAAUUUACGCGUAUUUUAAUAGAGACUUUCGUAAUGCGUUCAAGAAUACUCUUGCGUGUGCGUUCUGUAGUUUCUGUAAGAGAAGUGCUUCGGAUCUUGAUGCUUUAGAACGGUUAGAUAGACGUGGUUCUGCUCAACUGAGAGUGCCAGUACCAUCUAGAAGAACUUCAGAUCUAGCAUCACUUUGA